AUGUUAACAAUUCCCUUUGAUGAGUCUGUUGUAAUGACGGAGCCGCAGAUGUGCAGAAAGUUUUCACGGGAAAGUGAGGACCAAAAGCAAGUUAAUAAACCAGAAAGCUGCACUAAACAGUUAUUGUCCCAUGGGAAAAAUAUCAAGAGGACACCUGAAGAGGAAACAGAGCAAGAAGAGGAGGAGGAGGACAAGGAGGAAGAAGAUGAAAAUGGAUUACCUAGGAGGAGGGGACCAAGGAAAAAAAAGAUGACCAAGGUUAGAAUUGAAAGGAUUAAACUGAGACGGGUAGAAGCUAAUGCAAGAGAAAGGGGUAGAAUGCAUGGCCUCAAUGACGCUCUUGACAAUUUGAGGAAAGUAGUACCAUGUUAUUCCAAGACACAGAAGCUUUCUAAAAUAGAAACACUAAGACUUGCCAAGAACUAUAUUUGGGCUCUGUCUGAGAUUCUUCGUAUUGGAAAAAGACCUGAUCUACUUACCUUUGUGCAAAACUUAUGCAAAGGUUUGUCCCAGCCAACCACAAAUUUGGUGGCGGGCUGCCUGCAACUGAAUGCCAGAAGUUUUCUUAUGGGUCAGAGUGGGGAUACUAUGCACCAUACAAGAUCCCCAUAUAGCUCCAUCUACCCUCCCUAUCACAGCCCUGAGCUUAGCACCCCACCAGGUCAUGGGACUCUUGAAAGCUCCAAGGCCGUAAAGCCAUACAAUUAUUGUAGUGCAUAUGAAUCCUUUUAUGAAAGCACCUCUCCUGAGUGCACAAGCCCUCAGUUUGAAGGUCCCUUAAGCCCACCCUCUAUGAACUAUAAUGGGAUAUUUUCCCUGAAGCAAGAAGAGGCCUUGGACUAUGGGAAAAAUUACAAUUAUGGCAUGCAUUACUGUGCAAUGCCAGGCAGGGGUCCCCUCGGGCAGAGCUCUAUGUUCCGACUGCCUACAGACAGCCACUUCCCUUAUGACUUCCAUCUGCGCAGCCAGUCUCUCGCCAUGCAAGAUGAAUUAAAUGCAGUUUUUCAUAAUUAA